AAUGAUUAAAGCAAGGCCCAUAAAAAAUUAACUUUGCUACAAACAGUUCAAUCCAAAUCCAAGCCCAAUAGAUAGAACCCUAGGGGUGAACUAGGUAUACGCGAGGCUCAUCUGGAACACUUUAUCAGCAGUCAUGACCCAUCUUCUUCUGCAACAUCUUGCCAUUGGAUAUCAAGAGUAGACUACUAAUCAAACUCAACCGAGCAAGGAAAAUAACACAUUAACAGUACAGGGGUGCUCAAACACUCCACUCAACCAAAGUCCCUUGCUCAGCGCCUUUAAAGCCAGAGAAACGGGGAAAUUUUGCUGCAAACACCCAAUGAACAGGGACAAAGACCAGUGCUAGACGAAUCGGAAAAUACGCUUGGCAAACAUUACGGAUUCAGAAUCACACGUCGGAGACUGCUAGCCAGACAGCUCCUAAAAGUGCUGGCUACGGCUUGAAGGCGAUUUGAGAAGUCGGCUGGGUCCUAGAGCCGUAUAAAUUCCUUAGUGGAUUGCUCUCACUUUCAAACCAUGGGUCGAACAUUUUCUUGAUGUAAUCAAUCCGUUCCAAUUCAAUUUUUCAGUGAGGAUUAAGCUCCGUGGCUUGUCAUGGAGGGUGCUAACGAAACAUCCUGCAUUGGUGAAGCUGCAAAUUCCAAUCUUCAGAUCAUUAGACUUUCUCCAUUCCAAACCUGCACCAAAUUUUCAUCGCCUUGGUUUGAUUUGAGAGUCUUUUAUGUCAGGAUUAGUAAUUUCCAGGUCGAUGCUUCGACCCCAGAAUUUCUUACUCUCAACCAUAUCCCUCUCAGGCCAGACACCCUUUUGGAAGUCAAUGGUGUUAGAAGCAGCAUGUACUCUGAUGGUGUCUCUUCCCUUCUCAGAAGGGAUCGAGUGGAUAAGAAAUCUGAAGAAGCUACAUUUGUUAGCACAGAUAGCAUUAGAAUCACAAGUAGUCUGAAAUUUGAGGUUUUCCACAAAGAGGAUCUAAUUCUAUCUGGGGUUCUGGAGAUGUCUAACAGUAAUGGUUUUGUUGGGGAAUCAAAAAGCAAAGUGAAGCGGUGGAGAAUGAAUUGUGAACCAGAGAUUGCAGCUGGUUCUGGCUUCUUGAAGGGGAAACAAAUUACUAGUACUGACUUACCAACCAUUGAGGUUUAUGUUACAGGGUGCUUCUCUGGAACACCCAUCAUAUUAACCAAGACUUUGCAGCUUAGUCAUUGCAAGAAGCAUAUUAGGAAGGGCAUGCUGGAUUCAAUUCCAGAGAAUGAGACGACUGAAUCCCCAAAAAAUGUUUCAUCCAAACAUGAAAUGCAGAUCCUGAUGGGAUGGGUGUCUUUUGGAGGUUGGUGUCCACUUGUGGGUCCACCAUCUCCUAGGGCCAAAUUUGGGCGGCGACAUCUGUCUUGAGCUUGUAGGUUGGUUGUUAAUACUUGGUAGAGUUCACUGUGAAACAGGUUUAUCUGCAAGUGAUAAUGAGUCAAUUGAUUUUUAGCGGGGUUUUACCUGUGAAAUUGUGCAAGAGAAAUCUGAGACCAGGUUGGCCAAACAUGUCAGUCUGGACUUUGCACUGCCUAUAGUGGGUCCUUCAGUUAUCAGCCUGGCCAAACAUGCAGUGGUCAUUCAGUUAUCAAUGCAUAAUUUCUUUGAAGAUUUUAUGCAAUUUGAAUGUUCACAAUUUAUGCAAUGUAAAAGGACCGAUCCCCUCUUUUUGCUGAUUUUUUAUGCCACCUAUCAUGUUAUGUUUUGGAUGCUCGUCUAUAUUUUCUUUUGUUGGCGGGGUUGUAGGUAGAAGUGGCCACAGUUCAAUCAAAAUUAGAACAGACUAAAAUUGAUCAGUUUGAUUUAGAGUCAAAAUUUUUUUUUUUUUAAAUAUUUUUUUUAUAUAAUUUUAAUCAUUAAAUUUGAUCAAAUUGAAUCGAAAUCAAAAUCAAAAGAAUCUCUCCAGUUUUGGUCCCUCUAGCGUUGGAACCGGACCUUAGUGGAGUCUUAUUGUCGGUUAGACUUUCCCACCACAUCAUCAUUAUCAUGAUUAUUAGCCAUCAAUUUUUUAUUUUUUAUUUUUUUCCCCCUAAGAUAAGACUAGUUCUCUUAAAUAGAGCGUAAUUUAUAUGAUAUAGAACUCUUAAGAGAAAUGCUAAAUCUUGCUGGAUGGGAACUUUCGACCAUUCAAAUUCUGAUUAUUGGUGGUUCUCUAGGGGUUCAUCAUUUAUUGCUGCAAUAAGGAUCGAGAAUUGCCCGUAGCAUUAGACAUGAACAAGUUUAAUUCACUAAAAUCUUCAACAACUCUUAAUUCUAGCUUUAUACUUUCCAUUUGCUAAACUAAACUGUAUCCCUUUACCUUUUCUGCUUUUGUUUUUCCCCCCUUUUCCUUCUAUUGGUAGUAUUAUAGAUUUUUCAUAAUGCAAGGCUAUGGUCUGUGUGUCACCAGUCAUUUUUGUAAUU